CAGAAAUAUGAAAAACUCUGCUUCAAGAUGAUCAGAAUGUCACCCUCUUCUCCCGCGGGACUUCUUCCCUCGUAGAUACUCUUCUAGCAACUCAUCACCACCACCCGGGCGCGAUUAAUUUCCUUCGGAUCAACGGCUCGACUUCAAAGUCUAUUAUUCCCUUGACUUGACGCCUUUCUCCGGGUUGUGCCAUUCCCUCCGUUCGCAUCCGGUUGUCGAAUAGCCUUUCGGGACCACAGUGACUCGACUUCUUCUGGAACACCCGCCACCCCUCCUUCCCUGGUCAUUUUAGAGGGGGCUCUUUUUGGUGCCUGUUCCUUAGAAAAACAUCAUCCCACCUCUCCAUCUUCUCUACUUAUACAAAUACCAAGAAGACCUGUGCUUCACCCGUUGACACCUGCAUGAUCACUGUGACCGUCACUGUGACCUGACUACUCAUUUGGGAAUCGAAAUCUGAAUGGGCGAGUCUCUCAUCUAUCGCGUGCUUCACCUUUAAACCCACGUGCCUGGCCUCGUGCUUCAAUUUCCUUUCCUUUUUACUCCGUUCUUCGUCCACAUUUUGAUUCAGAAUGCUCCCUCCCGUACCCUCACCGGCUACCUACGGCAUCUCGCCGGAACAUGGUUUUCUCUCCCCAGAGCCGCCUCUGGAGUCCUUGCCGGAUCUCUACUACGCCAAGUGGGAGGCAGUCGUGGCGAACCUGCAGCCAUUGCUCCUGAGCAAGCGCAUUCGCCCAGUCGUGGAUCGCCUGCCUAUUCUCUCCACAGAGCACUUGCAUACAGAUGCCGAGUGGCGUCGAGCUUAUGUGGUUCUGGUGUUUAUUCUGCAUAGCUAUGUCUGGGGUGGAGAUCGUCCAGCCGAGAGGAUUCCUCCACAAUUGACGGUACCCUUGUUCGAAGUCUGUGAACGAUUGGAGGUGCCCCCGGUAGCAACGUAUGCCGGUGUCUGCCUCUGGAACUACAAGCCGAUCUUUCCGGACGAGCCCGCCGAUAGCCUCAGCAACUUGGCCUGCCUACAGACUUUUACCGGCUCACUGGAUGAGCAAUGGUUCUACUUGGUCUCCGUGGCCAUCGAGGCUCGGGGUGCCCCGUCGAUCCCAUUGAUGCUGCAAGCCAUCACCGCUGCCCGAAUGGGUAAGGUUCGCGUGGUGACGGAAUGUCUACAGCGGUUGGCGGAAAUGCUGGAUGAGAUUACCUCGCUGCUGCAACGGCUAUACGAAAACUGCGAUCCAUAUGUCUUUUACAAUCGCAUCCGACCUUACUUGGCGGGCAGCAAGAACAUGGGCGACGCCGGGCUACCACACGGUCUGCUCUACGAUGAUGGCCGCAACCCACCCGAGUAUCGUCAAUAUGGCGGCGGAAGCAAUGCUCAAAGUUCACUCAUCCAGUUCUUCGAUAUCGUGCUUGGCGUGGAGCAUCGUCCUACCGGCGUGACCCGCCAGGACCAAAGCACCCCAUCGACCGAAGAUGCGCCCAAGUCCCGCCAUGGAUUCAUCCACGAGAUGCGCGCCUACAUGCCCGGUCCCCAUCGACGAUUCCUGGAGGACGUCGAUUCUAUCGCCAAUAUCCGCUCCUUUGUCGAAGCGCGACGCAGCGACCCUGCAUUGCGACUCGCCUAUGAUGCUUGCCUCUCGAUGCUGCGCAAUAUGCGCGACAAGCAUAUCCAAAUCGUCUCGCGCUAUAUCAUCGUCCAAUCUCGUGGUGCCCGUCGAGCAUCACAGUCUGGUCAAGCACCACCAGCUAUGAACCUUGCCACGGUUGUCCCCACGGACAGCAAGAAGCUCCGUGGAACCGGCGGCACUGCACUCAUUCCGUUCCUCAAGCAGGCACGAGACGAGACUGGCGAGCCUGCUAUCGACGCUUGGGCUCGACGCUUGCUCAGCAAUAGCCCUGGCGUUGUCGACUCUGCCUCAUUGAGCAAGGUUGGUGAGCAGCCCGAUGGUCAUUUGGAAGUUGUUGGUCUUUGCGGGACAUGGACAGCCGAUGAUAGCGAGGGUGGGAUCUGCCACUGGUGAUGUAGUGACCACAAGGAGCGAUGCACUGUUGGCUUUUUCUUUCUUUUUCAUCUUAUGAGCGUUGCAUUUAGCAUGAUCUACGUUCCUUGCAGUUGCAACGAGCCUGGGUGUCCGGCGUUUGGGUUCAUCCUAGCGAUGAGUUACUUGUUUUGUAUAUACUUUUUUUUACAAUGCUCAUGACACUUGAAUAACUAUUCUCGAG